CAAAGUCAGAUUUUUGAGGUAGCGUAAUCCAUGGCUGCUCCGCGGCUGAUACUGGGAGACUUCAACUCGCACGGAGUAUUGUGGGGCUCCCUCUUCAAUGAUAAUCGAUCCUCUUUGAUAUACAAUGUUUGUGACGAGCUCAAUAUGACAGUUUUAAAUACAGGCGAAAUAACACGCAUCCCCAGACCACCCGCACGACCAAGUGCAUUAGAUCUAUCUCUAUGCUCGACAUCACUUCGGUUAGAUUGCACGUGGAAGGUUGAACCUGAUCCUCACGGUAGCGAUCAUUUGCCAGUCGUUAUUUCAAUUAACAGUGAAUUAGGCCUCACGAAUUCAAUCAAUUUCCCUUAUGACUUGACACGAAAUAUUGAUUGGAAAAAAUACCAAUCUUUAAUUUACACUUCUCUUGUUUCGACGGAAGAGCUACCACCUACCGAAGAAUAUGAAUUUCUAGCGGGUUUGAUUAUUGAAGCAGCAGAACAAACCCAAACGAAAUGCAAUCCUGGCAUGAUAAUGAACAGCCGUCCCCCUCAUCCCUGGUGGGACAAAGAGUGCUCGGAUGCAUAUGAAGCUAAACAAGUUGCUUACAAAUAAAUUAUGAAACGGAAAGGGUGUACACGUGCGAACUUUGAAAAUUAUUCGAUUUUGCAAAACAAAUUUGACAGUCUCCGUCGUGCCAAAAAGUCUAGUUAUUGGAGACGCUUCGUUGAUGGCUUGUCAAGAGAAACAUCAAUGAGUACUCUUUGGAACACAGCCAGAAGAAUGAGGAAUCGGAACGUAACUAAUGAAAGCGAAGAUUUUUCGAAUCGCUGGAUAUUUAAUUUUGUCAAGAAAGUUUGUCCAGAUUCUGCUGCUGCGCAGAAAAUCAUUCGCGAUGCUCCCACAAGUAACGAUUUCAUAGAUUCGCCUAUGACAAUGAUGGAAUUUUCAAUUGCACUCCUCUCAUGCAACAAUAAUGCUCCGGGUCCAGACAGAAUUAAAUUCAACUUGGUGAAGAAUCUGCCUGACCUAGCAAAAAGACGCUUGUUGAAUUUAUUCAAUAAGCUUCUUGAGCAGAACAUUGUCCCGCACGACUGGAGACAAGUGAGAGUUAUCGCCAUUCCAAAACCGGGAAAACCAGCCUCCGACCAUAACUCGUAUCGACCGAUUGCAAUGCUAUCCUGCAUCAGGAAAUUGUUGGGAAAAAUUAUCCUACGACGUCUCGACAAUUGGGUUGAGGCGAACAGCUUGCUAUCAUAUACCCAGUUUGGUUUUCGGAGGGGAAAGGGAACGAAUGAUUGUCUGGCGCUGCUUUCGUCAGAAAUCCAACUAGCUUACGCAAAAAAAAGAACAAAUGGCGUCUGUGUUCUUAGACAUAAAAGGAGCAUUCGACUCUGUUUCCAUUGAUGUUCUCUCAGAGAAACUACAUCAAUGUGGUCUUGCACCAAUAUUAAAUAAUUAUUUAUACAACUUAUUGUCAGAAAAGCACAUGCAUUUUUCAUAUGGCGAUUUGGCACCAUUCAGAAUAAGUUACAUGGGCCUCCCACAAGGUUCUUGUUUAAGCCCCCUUCUCUACAAUUUUUACGUGAAUGACAUUGAUAAUUGUAUUGUCAGCCCAUGCACUCUAAGGCUACUUGCAGAUGAUGGCGUGGUUUCUGUUACAGGACCAAAAGCCAUAAAUUUACAACAACCACUGUAAGAUAGUUUGGAUAAUUCAUCAAGUUGGGCUUUGAAGCUAGGCAUCGAUUUUUCUACGGAGAAAACAGAGUUGGUUGUUUUUUCAAGGAAGCGUGAUUCAGCUCAGCUUCAGCUUCAGUUGGUUGGUAGAACGAUAGUCCAAGUCAUGACCUUUAAAUAUCUCGGAAUUUGGUUCGAUUCUAAAGGUACAUGGGAAGGCCACAUUAGGUAUCUGAUAAAGAAGUGCCAACAAAGGAUAAAUUUUCUCCGAACAAUAACCGGAUCUUGGUGGGGUGCUCAUCCAAGUGACGUGAUAAGAUUGUAUCAAACAACGAUACUUUUAGUAAUGGAAUAUGGGUGCUUCUGUUUCCGUUCAGCUGCAAAUACUCACAUUAUUAAAUUGGAACGAAUACAGUAUCGUUGUUUACGAAUCGCCUUAGGUUCCAUGCAAUCGACACAUACGAUGAGUCUUGAAGUACUAGCGGGAGUUCUUCCCUUAAAAGAUCGAUUCUGGGAUCACUCCUCUCGUUUACUUAUACGAUGUGAGGUUAUGAAUCCACUGGUAAUUGAAAAUUUCGAAAGACUUGUCGAGCUUCAAUCCCAAACCAGAUUCAUGACAGUGUACUUCAAUCACAUAUCACAAGAAAUAACGCCUUCUAGUUAUGUUCUGACAUGUGUUAAUAUACUAGAUACUCCCGAUUCCACUUUAUUUUUGAACACGUCCAUGCAAGAGGAAAUUCGUGGAAUCCCGGAGCACCUGCGCUCUCUGGAGAUCCCUAAAAUAUUCAUAAGUAAAUACCAACACAUUGACUGCCAUAAAAUGUUCUACACUGAUGGGUCACGAAUCAAUGAGGCCACUGGCUUCGGUAUUUUCAACAGUAACACCUCGAUCUCUUUCAAGCUUGCAGAACCUGCCUCCGUUUAUACAGCCGAACUAGCAGCAGUUCACUAUAGUCUGGAAAUCAUUGAUACUUUACUUCCGAGCCAUUAUUUCAUCCUCACAGAUAGUCUCAGCACAAUUAAAGCAUUACGCUCAUUGCCGCUUGAUAAUCACGCUCCGUUCUUUUUGAAGAAGAUACGAGAAUACUUAACUAAAUUAACAAACAAAUCUUAUCAAAUUACUUUACUGUGGAUUCCCGCUCAUUGCUCCAUACCGGGUAAUGAGAGAGCGGAUAAUUUAGCCAAAAUAGGGGCGCUGGACGGUGAUAUCUAUGAAAGACCUGUUGCCUUCAAUGGAUUUUAUAGCGCUUCUCGUCAGAGGACGCUUACUAGUUGGCAAACAUCAUGGGACAAUGGAGAUCUGGGACGGUGGUUGCACUCAAUUAUCCCUAAAGUAUCAACGAAGGCAUGGUUCAAAGGGUUGGAUGUAAGUCGAAACUUCAUUCGUGUGAUGUCUAGACUCUUGCCCAACCAUUAUACGUUGAAUGCGCAUCUCCGCCGUAUUGGGAUCGCAGAAGAUAAUCAAUGUGCUUGCGGAAAGGGUUACGAAGACAUUGAACAUAUUGUUUGGUCUUGCACUGAAUAUCGUGAAUCCAGAUCCCAAUUAAUAGACUUCUUACGAGCCAGAAGAAAACCACCCUAUGUUCCUGUUCGUGAUAUCCUCGUUUUACGAGAUCUCACAUACAUGGGCCAUAUUUAUCAUUUCCUGAAAACAAUAAAUAUUCAAAUAUAAUUAUCCCCACAAUGUUUCUAGUCUUUUUCCCUUGCUACCCACAAACAAUUUAGAUUUCUUCGCAGUUAGUUAAGUUAGAUAAAACGAUAUAAAUAAAGAAAAAAAAAAUAAACAAAGAUUACAGAAAAACUAUCAAUAGGUUUACAAUGAAAUUCAAGAAAAUAUAGUAUAAAUAAAAAUAUUCAAAAUGAUGAUUAUCCUCAGUGUUAGCAUUAGAAAGUGAACUUUUAUUAUAACGUGAAUAGUAUAAAUAAAAAUAUUCAAAAUGAUGAUUAUCCUCAGUGUUAGCAUUAGAAAGUGAACUUUUAUUAUAAACGUGAUAGACUUAAGAACUUUUGUAACAUGUUAUAUAAAAAAACCCCGGCGUAAAAAGCUUUUGCAAACGCCGUGUCAAAUAAACGUUUUAUGAAAAAAAAAACCAGGGGAAUGGCAUCCCUAUGUUCAUGUACAGACGUUUUCAGUAGUUAACAUAGGGUGGGCCCAACCGCUUUUAAGCCCAUGCCUCCCACGCUCUUGCAUUGGGUUAUUUUAAUUUUAACAAAUGGAGAUGUUGACUUGAAAUAAAUGGCAGGAGGCCGUUACUAUCCUAAUUGCAUGAAGUUGGUUGCAAUAGUAUGCAAAAAUCGAAGUGUCACAUUCGAAAUGUAAAUGUCAUACAAUCUUGUGUAUAACUCUGUAUCAUUUCAGUAAUGAGCAAUGACAAGUUUUGGAAGUCUUUUUCUAUAAUAUGCGUUUUGUGCAACUAUCCGCGAAAAAAGUGCAAGGCUAACGACUGACGCUGUUUCAAUAUUUUGGCAACAAGCGCGUAUACCAAAUCGCGAAUUUCAUAAAUGCGCCGGUAAGCUUCUCAAAAUAUACAAAGAUUGGAAAUCCUUUAAACUCCUUCUCUAGGACGAACCAUCAACCGAAUUUGCGUCGAUAAUGCUGCUAAUCUUGUAGCAAAUUCCAAGCUGAAAUCAUCUAGUUCCCCGGGCCUUGGUGGUAUUCCCUCGAUUUUUGUUAAAAUGGCUUUUUGAGCCACUUCAGCGAGUCUUCGUGCUAUCACUCACUAGUGGACUAUUCCCUUCCUGCUGGAAAGCAGCGCACAUAUUCUCAGUUCACAAAAAAUUUCUUUCACUGCAAACACCACAUUGCAACAACACGGUUUUAUGCUUAAACGAUCGACAACGACCAACCUGCUCUCGUUCACAACAUAUGUACUCAAUAGAUUCACUGACGGAUUGCAAACCGAUGCUACUUACAUGGAUCUAUCUGCGGCCUUCGACAAAAUCAACCAUGAUAUCGCAAUAGUGAAGCUGGACAAACUCGGUAUUCAUGGACAACUCCUGCGCUAGUUUCGUUCCUACCUCGAUAGAAGGCAAUUCCAAAUCAGCAUUAAGGACUGUCUAUCUGCACCAUUCUUCACUACACCCGGCGUCCCACAAGGAAGCCAUAUCGAUCCAGUAAUAUUCCUUCUCUACUUUAAUGACGUCAAUAUCAAAUUACAAUGACUUUUCUUUCGCCGAUGACAUGAAAAAAUUUCGACAAAUAAAAAAACCGAUGCCGAAUUUCUUCAGUGUGAACUGGAGAGCUUUAGUAUGUGGUGUGACCUAAACAGAAUGGUUUUAAACCCGAGUAAAUGUUCAAUCGUUACGUUCACACGGAAACGCUAUCCGUUUAGUUUAUCUACCAUUUAUUCGACUCGAGCAUUCCGAGACACUCACGUCGAAAGUGGUGGAGUCAUCAUGGAUUCAGCACCACACACUUCAUACAUCGUGGAUAAGGCAUGAAGAUAGUUUGGGUUCAUUUUCCGAAUAGCGAAAAUUUUUAGAGACGUAUGCUGUUUAAAAUCACUAUAUUGCGUGCUAGUUCGCUCAACACUAGGGUAUUGUUCUAUUGUUUGGAAUAUAUACUACCAGAAUGGUAUUGACAGAAUCGAGGCCGUCCAACGCCGGUUCAUACGUUUUGCACUCCAACAUCUUCCUUGGCAAAACAGAUUUUAGCUGCAGAGCUACAAAAACCGUUGUCAAUUAAUACAGCUCGACACUCUAGGUAUUCGGAGGGACUGCUCUCGAGUCCUGUUCGUCUCGUACUUACUGUUUGCCAGGGUGGAUUGCCAGGGUCCUCGGACGUCUGGAUCUUCACUCCCGCGUUCGAGCUCUACGCAAUAACUCCGUUCAUGAGAAACAACUAUGGUCGGCAGAGCGCUGUUUCCAGACUCCAGCGUAUUUUAACAGUGUGGCGACGGCUUUUGACUUCAACCGGACGAGCAAUUCGAUUAAAGCCAUAAUAUUAUCUAUUCCGAAAUGUAAUUAGUUUAAGAAACCACUAAUGGGGACAAGGGAUCUGCUUAAGAAUAAAUAAACAAUAAAUGUGAAUAAAUAAACAAUAAACUACAAUAAACUUCUCCCUUUGGUAAAAUUAAAACAACUCAAUGCAAGAGCAUGGGAGGCAUGGGCCUAGAAGUGACUGGGUCCACCAUAUGUUGAAGACUGUCAACGUCUGUACAUCAAGAUAGAUAUGCCAUCCACCUGGUUAGGAAUGAUCGACCCCGCGCGAAAUUUAAAUUUUGUUAUUUAUUUCUCGCAUCAAUAAAAAUAUUAUAUAUGCAAUUUCAUAUCUGUUUUCGCACAUCAAAGCGUCUGUAUGGUUUGUCGGUGAUAUUUCGUGUUCUCGAUGUAGAUAAACUCGGUGGAUUCUACUUUCACACUUUCCGUUUAUUAAACUAAGCGGUACUGACGCGGUUUGGAUCUGACUCACAAAAUUACUGGCGGACUGACGGACACAAUAUAAUAUGUACUUAUCUAAAUGUAUUUAAGGGACGGACGAACAGUAUAAACAGUAUUGACGGAAUAACAUACAAACGUAAAAACGUAAGAACGUGCCUGAACUGCUGUGAGCUAGGCUUUUAUAGUCCUGCUGUACCCUUUGAUGACUGUAGAUUAGUUCAACCGGAAACCCUUUUCUGACCGGAAACACAUACUGACGACGAUAUAUGACUGACAGAAAGGUAAAAUAUCCUCACUACCACUACGCUGAAUCAAUCUGAUCUAAAGUGCAUGCCGAUGGCACUUAUGUUGUAGGUACAGUGAAGCUCUAUUACUGUGUUGAUAAGAAAUUGGACAUAGGCGCAAACAUACCGCCCGCCUUGAAAGACGUUACUUUCAACACUACAUACUGCUAACCUGAUUUGUACGAUUAACCUUACUGCUAAUAUAUUUCUAUGUGAAUUCUGUACUUAUUUUCUAUAUGCUGAUCAUGGGAUCAAUUCACCGAAGUCGCACUAAAGUUGCCUGCCUUGCGAUCUGGUGCUCGAUGUUCAGUGGUGUACCAUGGGCGUCAAGGACGGGAGACUUGAAUUCGACUCCGUCAACUGCUAUGCAGCCGGCGUCGAUAAGACAAGACCCGAGCGACUCCGCUGGUCCCACCACUCGUAGUCUGCUAAUGUUGGUUGAUGAUUGUGUUGGUUGUAUGCUGGACGCUGUAAUCAUUGGACCACGUUGCCGAUGUUAGCUGUGACGCCUGCCGUAUCCACACGGUAGCGACCUGACGACCUCGCAUGCUAUAUGUUGAACUCCGCUGGGUUUCAUACUAGACAGAUCUGGAUGAUUUGCUGAUUCAAGAAUCUAUUCGCAGUUGAUUCCUUCCGUUGGCCACCUCCACCCCUCGCAGUGAAGAUCCAUGUAUUGAAUCGACAGUGAUUACGUAGUUCUGCUGUUUACUCCUGUAGCUUGAUGUGUCGUAAUCUGCAUCAGUACCUGUAUGGGAAAGCGGAUCAAUUCCUGUUGUAUUGGUACCGAUUGAAAAUACUUAGCUUGAGUUUAUGUUGGGAUGGCAGUUCCAGUCACUUCAACCAGAACCGCGCCAUCCCUAAUUGCCUUGUUGCUGGUACCUCGAAACCACUUCUAGCGUGUGGUUAUAAACUGACAAACGUUGACUGUGCUUGGUAUUGCGAGUACGACGAGUAGAUGCGGGGGAGGGAUGGAGUGGUAUCUAUAUUCCGAUGCUUCUGAUUUGCAUGCAUGACUGUUGGCUGGUUACUACUGCUGAGCUGCUGGUCGGGUUGUGUACUCGCGGGAUUAUUCGGCUGAAAUGGUUGCGUCAUUGGUGAUACUUGUACUGGAUGCCGUUAUGCUGGAAACAACUGGUCGCCUUCUGAUUGUUCAGUGGGUCUGUCUCGCUGACAGACUGACGUUGGUGUCCAUGCUUCAGUGGGCUAAUACCGACUAGCUCCGUAUUUGAUUUUCUGGUGAUCCUGUCCAGCUGACUGGGUGAUGACGUUAUAUUCGCUGGAAUAUAAGAAAGGGUGCUUUUUAAAGAGUAAAAAGUUAUAACAAAAGGACUUCCCUGGAACGGAGGCCUUGUGGCCUCCGCGGUCGCCCACGGCGACGUUGACUGCUGUGAUGACUUGCUGGAUAUUUUCGGAACGGUGACCCGUUGGCGCUACAAAACGUUCCUAAUGUUGUUCUUCUGCUGAUGAAUUGCUGAUUUCAAAUUGCCGCUCAGGGCAUACUGAGAAUUGUGCUUCUUGCUUCGAUAUGUGCCGAUUUCUGUAUUGUUGAGUUGGAUUCCAAUGACGAAUUGCAUGCUGCUGUUCCGAUAUGCUGCUGCACUGCGAUUGCUUUCGCGAAGGUUCCAGCGAAAUUGUUCCCUGGACUGCUGCUAUACUUUCAUACGAUGAUUUCGAUGGGCCUUGUCCCGCGGACUGGUUUGCUGUGUGCGAUGGUAUUGUGAUUGGUGGUACUACAUUUGUUUUCGCGAAGGCUCCAGUGAAUGUGUUCACUGGACUGUUGCUGUGUGACCUUCCGAACGAGCUUCGGCGGGUCUCGACCCCCGAACUCAAUUCCAACGUUUCCUCAGCGUUGGAAUCAUCAACAAUAGACUUGUUGAUGCGAUGUAAGCGAUGGUGAUAUGGGGGGUGCAUUUCCAUACUGGAUCUCAAUCCAGCUCCGCUACACUUGGUGUGCAACGAACUGCAGGGGCUCUGUUAGCCGUGAUGGUUCGACGCCGAACCUGGUUGAAUUGCGCUCAAUUCAACCCGAUGAAAUGCACCCGAGAUAUGCAAGGACGAAUACCACCAAAGCUGUAGUACUUCCUAAUCUGUUGGAUUGUGUACAUUGGAAUCACUGCUGGAUUGUAUUGGCUGCUGCGAACCUUUUGGCUUGUGCUUCAUGACAACUUUGUGCGCUGUGUUUCAGAGUAGCCGACGAAAUGAACUGAAUCCUCAUCCACCGAUUAAGGUGCUACCUGAUCCGUCUUCGCAUGCGGCGAAGAAUUGUCUCCCAAAGAUGGGCAGAUAGCCGAGCAAUCAUUCCCGCGAAUGUCCGGAAAAGAUUGUGCUUGUUAUGUGAACAAGCCCGAAUGACUUACUGGCGCGCACCACAGUAAUGUCAUUGCCAUUCUACUGAAUGGACCUUGAUGUAACCCCUAAUGCCAUAGGAGCGCCUGACUUAUUGUGAGCAGGCUUGAUGUCAUGAAGCAGCAACGAACCGACGACCGAGAUUCGUUGCCGUUGAAGGGUCGCUACCCUUCUCAAGUUUUUCCAGCAGUAUUUGUUUCUGUUACUGAGAUGUGCCGUUAUUGAGAUGCGCAUCUUGCUAACAUUGUGCUUACAAAAUAAUCAGCAGGAUUACCGAACAACAUUGGCGCAAUGUUGUGUAUGAUUAUAGCUAACAGAUUCUGACUGUCAGACUGCACUCGGUGGUAGAAAUUUACGUAACAGAAAUGUUCAAACAACACUGAUGGUGAUCCAGGACCAAAGCUCAACAAGAGCCGAAACUGAAGACUGAAUUUAUGUUGCACUAUCAGUGCAUCGAUGGUGCCAACAGGGAAAGAUUCAAAGCUACUUGUGCAAAGUAAUCCAUAAUAAUAUAGUGCCGGUUUACCUCCAAAUCCAAUAAAAAAUGAUUCCGCAACUUCUGCUGCUAAUUACUGCUACUGCUUGAUGGCCAAAUGAAGCCUGCUGUGGUGAGCCGUAGCAUAGUAGAUACAUCGUGGUGGAUGAUCGCAGUUUGCCGUAACGUGUUGUCCACUCAAGCAGUUGAAACAGAGCAUCUUCUGCUUCACAAACUCCAGUCGCUGUCUCGGGGACUGCUGCUGAAAGCUCUCACAACGGUAGAGACAGCACCUGUCAUCACACAGGUGGCAUAUUGUCGGCUUCACUGGAUUCACCGACAAUUGUUUUUUCUGCGUUGUGUCAGAUACUACUGAGUUAGCAGAAACUGACUGAUUCUGCUUACCUUCUGGAGCUGCUGGUACAAUUUCGACACUUGGCUGAUUUGACGGUUCCGCAAGUUCGGGCUGAAAACUGAUUGAUGCCAUCUUAGGGGCAGCUCGAAGUAAUCCACCGUAUAGUAUUGACUUGUCGAUGAGAACGUUGCGCACAGGAAUUGUGUAGCCCGACGACGACAUCGCGAUUUUGCUAAAAGCUACGUCAUUUGUGUACGGCCCCUAUCUAGAAUCGGUUGUGUCACUGGAGCCGGAAUACGAAUUAGCACCAGUCAGCAUUGCGGCUGAACUUAACUGGGUUGCUACAUAGAUCCACUAGGUAGUUGUAUAUAGAAGGUGGAAACAUUUUUCGAUGUGAGAUUAUCACUUUUUUCAAAAGAACUGAUAAAGGUUAAAAAAAGUUUCGGAAUCUUAGCAUUCUCAUUUAAUAAUUUUAUUUAUUUAGAGAAACUUACUAAUUU